UUUUCAGACAUUCCCAGUGAAAAACUAUCUUUGGCAGACAUGUAUCUUCAAGUCUGUAGCAGGAUUGGGACUGUCCCUGUGCGGCGUGUCCUCCGUCACCUGGGCCAGUCCUCUCUGGAUCUGAAUCAUUACGGUAUAGGGCCUCUGGGGGCAAAGGCCCUGGCCAAGGUUUUGCAAUAUGACAAUACCAUUACAAGUCUUGAGCUGGAGGACAACAGCCUGAAGGCAGAGGGAAUUCACUAUGUGGUGGAGAUGCUUCAAUUAAACACCAGUAUCAACAGUCUUAAUCUUUCCAAAAAUGACUUGCGUGUCGAGGGUGCACACAUCAUCUCAAAAAUGAUGUCACACAAUUAUUACGUCAAAUGCAUCAGACUUGCUGGAAAUGGCUUAGAUGAUGCUUCUACUAAAUACUUUGCAGAUGCUUUAAAGGGAGACUAUGUGAUCAAAGAGCUUGAUCUCAGUUACAACAAGUUUUCUAACAUUGGAGGGGAACAUCUGGGUCAAAUGCUAGCCGGAAAUGCUGGCAUAGAGGUCUUGGAUCUGAGCUGGAAUAACUUCGCGAUGAAAGGAGCAGUGGCACUCUGUGCUGGGUUGAAGGUCAACACAACAUUGAAACGCCUCCUGCUGGUUUCAAAUGGCUUUUCAAGUUUUGUGGCAGACUCUUUAAGUCAGGCACUGAAGAUAAACAGUACUUUGGUUCUGCUGGACCUCAGUAAUAACCUUAUAGACGACUAUGCAGUUAGUAUGAUUUGCUCUGGCCUGGCUGUUAAUGGCACACUGAAGGUCCUUAAGCUUUCCCACAACACCAUCACUUCUGUUGGAGCUUUGACUCUUCUUAAAACAGUCAAAAACAACACUAGAACUGCACUGGAGGACAUUGAUAUAUCUACAGUGUUGGUGUGUGAGGUCUUUAUGGAGUUACUAGCAGAUGUUCAGAAGAGGUUGCCAGCAUUAGUUAUCCAAUACAAGGUUGUGCCACAUAUCACUAAGAGACUGUCUGCCAUGUCAUUAUUUAAGAAUUAUCUCCAAGAACAAAGAGGGUCCCUUAUGGAGUCUUUACGGGCUGUGGAUAAGGACAGGACAACAAAGAUCUCCACAUCAGACUUUAGGAACAUUAUAAAGUCUGCUGAAAAACCCCUGGAUCGAAAUCAGAUUGAAUGGUUAGUUAGAAAGUUUGACAGGCAAUGCACAGCCACUAUCAGCUACAGGUAAUUGAUAACCCAGUGACAUUGUUCUCACUAUAUUGUAAAUAGUUUAUGUUGUCUCUAUUUUUAUUUUGCAGCCAGUUUGCCAAUAUGGCAUUGUAACAAAU